AUGCUUAUUCUAAUUUUCUUAAAUUUUAUAAUAGGCAUCUUGUGUGUGAAUAGAAAUGAAAGCAAAGUAAUAUUGACUGAUUUGUAAUAUUAUGUUUAAAUGUUAGCUACAAUAAAAAUUCGCCAGUUUAUGUGAUAGCUCCUUAUUAUGAAUCAUUUACUAUUGACUUAUUUAAUUCUAAAGAUGCCUUAGGAAACACAAGCUUUAGUAAUGUAAAUUCAUCAAACUAAAAUUUGACAUAUAAAGUCACUUCUUUUAUAGAAACUACAUCAGAAUCUAUAGAGUAAAAUGUUGAUGCAUCUUAGGUCAGCAUUUUGUCCAAUUGAUGAAUGGGGGCCUUUAUAUCAACCUGCUCGUUUCUAUUUAAGUUUAACUGCUUUAGAUCUUCUUUUUUAUAAUCAAACUGAUGAUAAAAUAGUAUAGGUCUAAACCAGAUUGCAUAAUGAUUUGUAAGAUUUGGAUGAAAAUUUUUAAAAUAUUUCUUGUUAUUCUAUAUUUUAAUUUAGAAAGGAUAACUAAUUUGGAUUAGAUUGUAAUUUAGAUAAUAAUGCUACAAUACUAAUUUUUGACUUAAUAUUUGAUGAGCAAACAUUAAUUAUAGUUAAUUUUACCUAUAAUUCUUACUAUUAUUAUUCAUAUGAAGAUGAGGACAAUUAGAAUUUUCUAAAGAAAUGUUAAUUCAGAAAAACAAUAAAUGCAAAUAUUCUCGAUAUCACUAAUGACAUAAAAUAUGAAUUUAUCCAAUAUUGUCCUAGUUUAUUCAAUUAAAAAGCAAUCACAAACGAUUUUUUAAUUAUUUAUCAUGAAAUAAUAAAUACUCAAAACAAUAAUAUAGUAUUGUAGGCCUUUAAAGCAAACACUACAGAUUUAGAAUCUUGUAAUUUGGAUAAGAAUUUAAUGAUUGAAUAGAUAUUUAUAAACUCAAUGAUAAAUGGAUAUAAUAAUUAAACUUGGAAUGUUGGAUUUUUAUUUUAGUUAUCACCAAAAAUAUGUAAAUGCAAUAUUUAAGAAGUUUAUGCAUCUCAUUACAAUAUAUUAUGUAAGAGCACAUUAAUAGAGCGUAUUUAAUUUGAUAUUUUAUAGUUUAUCAGCCUAAUUAAAUAAGAUAAGUACAAACUCUAAAUGAUGAAGUAAUUCUUGUUACUGGUACUAAUAUGGCUAUCCUUGUUAUUUAUUUAGAAAGAUCUUAUUAAUCAGAGAACUACUUUACUAUUAGUUAUAAAGAGAUUUUUGAACCUGGUUAUCUAUUAGUAGAUGUGUCUAUUACUAGUCAAUAUUUAGCAGUUAUUAUGACUGAUUCUCCAUUUGCAUAAUAAUUAUCUCCUUUCUAUUCUAAACCAAAUUUAUAUUGUUCUAAAUAAGCAUCUGGAGAAACUAAAAAUAUAUUUAAGAUUUUUUAUUUAAAUGGUGAAUAUAAAACUGUUUAUUAUGAAUCAAACACAUUUAAUUAGUUUCAAAGUUUCUUUUAAAGUUUAAAUUAAAUAGAUUUUGGAAAUUUCAUUCUUUUAUAUAAUUUUUUUAAUUAGAAACUAAAUGUCAUUACAUUAUUUGAGAAGUACUAUUAUUAUCAUAUUUAUAUAAUAGAUAGAUGAAUGUAUCUUAUUAAUUGGGAUAAGGUAACAUAACUUAAACUUAUAAUUAGUAAAUCACUCCAAUUAUUGUAAGUUAUUUUAAUUAUUAUUAAGAUUUCUUUUAAUAUUUCAGGUGGAUAUACAGUAUUUGA